AUGUUUUUGUCACAGACUCGAGGGCGGAUACCCUCGGCGAUUCGAGCUGUUCAGAAUGCCUCGCUGGCCUCCCGCUCCCUUUCUACCACUCUCCCACGCCAUAAAGAUAACGCACUCAACAAAGUCUCGCGGAAUAUCACUCAGCCAAUCUCGCAAGGUGCCUCCCAGGCCAUGCUUUACGCUACCGGCCUGUCCGAAGAAGACAUGAAUACAGCACAAGUGGGAAUCUCGUCGGUGUGGCUGACUGGAAAUCCGUGCAACAUGCAUCUGCUGCAGCUCAACAAUAUUGUGAAGGAGGGUGUGCAGAAGGCAGGACUGAUUCCCUAUCAAUUCAACACUGUUGGUGUUAGUGACGGAAUUAGCAUGGGCACCAAAGGAAUGCGUUUCUCGCUGCAGAGCCGAGACUUGAUUGCCGACUCGAUAGAGACUGUCAUGGGUGGCCAGUGGUACGAUGCAAAUAUUAGCAUUCCUGGCUGUGACAAGAACAUGCCUGGUGUGUUGAUGGCUAUGGGACGAUUCAAUCGGCCUAGUAUCAUGGUUUACGGAGGAUCUAUUAAGCCCGGCUGUGCUGCCACACAGAACAAUGCUGACAUUGAUAUUGUGUCAGCCUUCCAGGCUUACGGGCAAUUCUUGAGCGGUGAAAUUAACGAAGAGAAGCGCUUUGAUAUAAUUCGCCAUGCUUGCCCGGGCCAGGGAGCUUGCGGUGGAAUGUAUACCGCGAAUACUAUGGCGAGUGCUAUUGAGAUUAUGGGCAUGACCCUUCCAGGUUCCUCUUCCAACCCGGCCGAUUCCAGGGCCAAGGAACUUGAAUGUUUGGCCGCUGGUGCAGCUAUCAAGAAUCUUCUUGCCGAGGAUAUCCGCCCAUCGGAUAUCCUGACGCGUCAAGCUUUCGAAAACGCUAUGAUUCUCGUCAACGUCACAGGAGGUUCGACUAACGCGGUGCUCCAUCUGAUUGCCAUCGCUGACUCUGUCGGAAUCAAAUUGACUAUUGAUGAUUUCCAAUCUGUUUCUGACCGUACACCUUACCUUGCCGAUCUUAAGCCGUCUGGCAAAUAUGUGUUCAACGACUUGUACAACAUUGGUGGUACUCCUGCUCUGAUCAAAUUCAUGCUGAAAGAAGGCUUGAUUGAUGGCUCCUGCAUCACUGUCACCGGAAAGACGCUUGCGGAGAAUGUAGAGAAAGCACCGGGAUUCCCCGACGAUCAGAAGAUCAUCCGCCCCUUGUCAGAUCCGAUCAAAAGCACCGGCCACAUUCAAAUUCUGCGCGGUAGUCUGGCUCCGGAGGGUUGUGUUGGGAAGAUUACCGGAAAGGAAGGCACCGUCUUCAAGGGCAAGGCACGUGUUUUCGACGACGAGGAUGACUUUGUUGCUGCUCUUGAGCGCAAGGAGAUUAAGAAGGAAGAAAAGACCGUUGUUGUCAUCCGCUACUGUGGUCCCAAAGGUGGCCCCGGAAUGCCUGAAAUGUUGAAACCAUCUUCUGCCCUGAUGGGUGCCGGCCUGGGAUCUUCCUGCGCCCUUAUCACCGACGGACGCUUCUCCGGUGGCUCUCACGGCUUCUUAAUCGGCCACAUUGUGCCCGAGGCCGCCGUGGGGGGACCUAUCGGUCUUGUCAAGGACGGCGACGAUAUUACUAUUGACGCCGAGAGCCGUGUUUUGGAUCUACACGUUGGCGAUGAGGAGUUGGCCUCGCGUCGUAAGCAAUGGGAUGCCGACCGCAUUGCCGGCAAAUUACCGCCUACAGGCUUGACAUUGAGAGGAACAUUGGGAAAAUAUGCCAAGUACGCACUCCCACACACCUCAGCUUAA